AUGUUGGCACAAGCAGGAAGUCAUGACAAGCCUUCACUGUCUGCCUGGCCAAGCCCUGUAGUUCCUAAAGGACAGCAUGUGGAAAUUCAUUGUGACUCUAAUAAGAAUAACACAUCCAGGCUGUACAAAGAACAUGGAGACCCUAUCCCUCAGAUCCAUGACAGAAUAUUCCAAAAGAGACUUCUCCUGGGUCCUGUGACACAAGCACAUGCAGGAACCUACAGAUGCUAUGAUUAUAAUUGUCAACGUCCUAGUGAACUCUCAUCACACAGUGACCCUCUGGAGAUCAUAAUUUCAGGAAUCUACAGGAAUCCUUUCCUAUUGGUCCUAUCAAGUCCCCUGAUAAAAUCAGGAGAGAAGAUGACCCUAGAGUGUCGUUCAGAGAUUAUGUUUGACACUUUCAUUUUGACUUCACAAAUAAUCAAUGGCUCUUUCCAGCUUCCUGCAGAAUCUCAUCAUGGGGGGUCCCAUGCCAGCUUCUCAAUAGGUCCUGUGACACCUGACCAUGCUGGUGUUUACAUAUGCUAUGGUUCUUAUAACCAAACACCAUAUGAGUGGUCUGAAUCCAGUGACCCUGUUGACAUAAGGAUCACAGGUGUGUACAAGAAACCUUCUCUGUCAGCCACGAGGGGUCCUGUGGUGAUGUCAGGAGAGGACAUAACCUUGUUCUGCACCUCUGACCAACAGUUUGACAUGUUCCAUCUGUCCAGGGAAGGGGUGCCUCAAGGACAUGGGCUGCCUGCAGAGCAGAGCCACAGUGGGGCAUUCCAGGCCAACUUCCUACUUUUUACUAUGAUCCAGUCUGGGACCUAUAGGUGCUAUGGCUCUUUCAGGAACUUUUCCCAUGUAUGGUCAUCCCCAAGUGACCCACUGUACAUUUCUGUCACAGAUAACCACAGGAAUAAGCAUUUACUCAUGGGUCUGUCAGCGACCAUAAUCCUUGUCUUCCUCAUCAUCCUCCUUUAUUCUUAUUACUUCGAAAGAAAAUCUUCCACCAUGGACCAAGAAUCUGAACUGAGACCAACACUAAAUGAGCAGGACACUGAAAGACAAGAAGUUCAGGAGGUGACAUACUUAGACUUGGACCACGUCUUCAAAGAAAAAUUGACCACUUCCAUUUCCCAGAUUCCCAAAGAAUUUUCCACAGAUCCCAGUGUGUACAUGGAAGUCAGGAAAUGUUAA